AAUCUCCGCCCUCGGCGUCUUGUUGCCGCCGCAGUAACUUUUCCUGCGUGCCAUCUGUUCGUCAAAUUGUCUGAACCAAUUUCUUCAAGACAACUCUUUCAUAGUGAGAAUCCUUGGAAAAGUUUGGAUUUUUGGGUUUCCGGGCACAAGGGUUUCAUUCAAAUUAGCUCGGUAACUUAGGUUUGAUCCUCAAGAAGAAUGGUUAAUGGAAACAACAAGAAAAGAGACGGUGGUUUAUCGUCGCUUGCACCUCGAGAAAUCAGCGUACAGAAAUUCUCCGAGGCUCGAGCAGCCGAGCUCGAGUCUCUUCACUCGAUUGUGUCUGACCGUUUGAACAAGGACUUUCGGUCAAAGAGGAACAAGAGGAGAAGGACCAAUGCCUACACUAACAACCCUUCAAAGAGACGUAAUAUAAAGAGGCAAAGAUCAGAGUCAUUGCUAUUGAUUGGUCAAGCAUCAGGAGGAAGAGACAAUGAUGAAACAAAGAUCCCAAGACGAGUCAAGAGGAGGAUGGAACUUAAAGGGAACCCUGAAUCAGGGUUUAGUACCUCUGGUGAUGGAACAAAGAGGCUGAGAACACAUGUUUGGCAUGCUAAACGGUUUUCCAUGACUAAGCUAUGGGCUUUUCACCUUCCUCUUGGUUUAUUUGGGAGAGGAAGGGGAUCUAGGGAUAUCUUGAAGAAGUCUAGGCAAGGUGUUCUUGUGCAUGAUGCUAGCUAUCAUAUUGCUGUGCAACUGGAGGGUCCAGAGGCAGGGCUCACUCUUGUCAAUAUUAAACUUGCUAUUGGAGCCUUCUCCGUCAUCUCAUUCCAAGGAAGCCUUAGUUGUGAAAACGCCAUGCUUUAUCAUGUGGAACCACCAGUUUCUCAGGCGAUUGCUCCUGUAACUUAUAUGUGGAGACCUUCUCAGUUUCCUAAGAGAAGAGAAGAGAUUAAAGUGGGUGACUGCGAAGGAAACGAUGGUCCAGUCUCAAAUGGAGAUCAUGUAGACUCUCGAAAACUUUGGUUGUGGAUCCAUGCUUCUUCCUUCAGUGAGGGAUAUGCUUCUCUUAAACUAGCUUGUCAAAAACAGAUGAAUGAGACAGGUGUUUUAGUUGAUUGCUUUUCACUCGAGGGUCAGCUUGGAAAACUUGAGAUUUUCGGUUCAGAAGCAUCUCAUCUUCUUCAAAAGACCAUACAUCCUGUUACAAGUAGCUCAGAGGAUAUCUCUGUUUUAAGAAAGUGUUCAAUGGAAAAAGCUGAGGUUAAGAACGUUGCUGAUCCUUACGAAGAGGAGAACAUAUCAUCUUGCGCUAUUCUACCACGGUUUGUCAUUGAUCCGCGUUUAAUCCCGAAUAAUCCACUUGAUGAUGGUACAGUGUCUGUUGAAAUGACCAAAACUGAGCCUGCUGAGUCACUUGAAGUAACAACAACCAACACAGAGGCUGAAAGUUUUCCUGAAGUUCUCAAGUGCUUAUGGGAUGCAAAUAGUGAACUGGCCCCUCCAGAAGAAGAGAACACGUUGUGUUGGGAAAAGCAUCAAACUCGUAUGGAGUCUCUUUGCCUCAACGAUCCGGCUUCUGAAGUUCCGAAGAUAUCUAGUAGGCCAAGGAGUUCGAGGUCUUGUCCUUUACUGCUUCUCAAACAUAAAAAGCUUGGGAAUGCACCUACAGGAUGGUCUCUUAUACUUCCGCUUAGUUGGAUCAAAGUCUUCUGGAAUGCCUUUGUCUCAAAAGGAGCUCAAGCAAUAGGUCAGAGGGAGAAACGCUGGCUUUCUUGUGAUGCUGGUUUCCCAUUUUUCCCAUCAGAUUUUCCUGAUUGCAAAGCAUAUUCAUCUUUAACAAUGAGUGAAGCUGCAGAGUUGGAGGAGAAGGCACAAAGGCGCCCUCUUGCGGUAAGACCUUUCAGAGUUCCCAUUCCACCUCCAUGGAAUAGUAUCCAUGUGACACGUUCUGUUGGAGAGAGUUCAGAUCAAAAGCUUACAAGCAGCGAUGGGACGACUGAAGUGGAAGUUUCCAGUAAUGGUGGUAAUCUAUUUGAUGGUAUAGUGGCAAGAACAUCAGAUUCGCUGACUACUUUUCUCCAAGCUUUCUCAAGUGACAACUUGCUUUUAUCUCCUCGCAACACUUUGAAACCAAACGCAAACCCUGUGAUGACGCUUCAAGAAGAUGAUACAAAGGCAAGAGCUCAGAUCCAUCAGAGCAGUGAUACUAGACUGUGCCUUGUCAGAGUUCUUCUACAUGCUUUCAAGGAAGGUUCUUUUGAAGAAGGCGCGGUUGUAUGUGCACCAUCUCUCGCAGACAUAUCAGCACUAAAAUCCGGUGAAGGGGAAGAAGGGCGUGUUGCAAUCCCUCAAUCUUUUGUAAGCUCUUACUUCCAAGAACAACCUUCUGGAACCUGGGAACUAAAUGUCCCUGAAGACACUCUUACAAAACAAUCUCAUAGAUGGCCUAUCGGGUUUGUAACGACAGGAUUUGUCCGAGGGAGUAAAAAGCCGACGGCGGAAGCUCUGUGUGAUGCAGUGUUGUUAAUGAGACUAAGAGAAGAGCAAGGGAAAGGGAAAGAUGUGAAGAGGAGGAAGAAGGAGAUUUAUGUUUUGGUUAGAAACCUAAGAUCUUGUGCUUCUAGACUCGCACUUGCUACUAUAGUUUUGGAGCAACAAGACUCUAGUGAUGAUGUCCACUGCUUUUAGCUCCCACCAUCAGAGAGUCAAACACUGAUGUUUUGUUUGUAUCAGUUAUAUUUGAUUUAUCUUAAACGAUGUAUUUUAAUUAUUUAUUAAUGAUCAAAGCAAGUUUAGUGGGAAUUUGGAAAAUCUCACUAGUGUUAAUAUUGGCAUGUUUCGG